UGGGUGGUUCCAACACUGACUGACCCAAGUGUGGAAAAAAUUGUCUUGGAAAGGAUAAAGUAAUUUUGUUGGGAUAUCCCCUUGCAAUCGAGAUCAUGUUUGGAUUAUCAAUUAAGCUAUGCAACACAUUUUUGACGCGCUCGGUAGCAAAGCCUCCAAUUACCGUGAUUCGCAGCGGGCCCAAGUGGUGGUCCGACCCGGAGCGUAUGGUUAAACAUAAACUCCUCUACUUUACUAUGGGCAUCGACCAGCUUCCGCUGCGUCGCACAGCGGUCAUUCAGAACGAGCAGUUCCGCUUCCAUAUGUGCAGGCCGUCUCCUCGUAUUAACGACGCCACUGGAUACAAGCGCUCGCGAAGCGGGCAAAUGAAAACGUGGUACCGUCGUAUCCAGUACCAGGAAUAUCAUCUACAGCAUCUCUUCACUAGACAUGCAUGGGGACUGCUGCGGGUGUAUCCUGGAAACACCACGAAGAUUCAAGGUAAGGCGGAUGAUGGCUAUGUUGGCUACGACUCAGUUCCGUAUCAUCGGUACAAUCGAUCCCCGCUCCCUUUCCCUGCAAGAGAUAUAUAUGGACGUCGAAAUUAGUUGAAGCUUCCCUUUCUGUGUUCUGAGUGUGAGUUGCCUCGGUGCUAAAAAAUGCUUCCUUUGUGAAUUCAAACAACCAUACACAAACAAAAA